GUUGGCGGUUGGGUCAGUCUUCAGCCAAUCCGGUGGUGGCGAGGCGGGGCUUACUCUCCAGGGGGCUGCUCGCUCCGCCCCCCGCCCCACAGCUUUGUUAUUGGUUCGCCUGCUCGUGACGUCACGAGGGCUACUGAGGACCCAUUAUUAUUGGCGGAUACUACGUGACGUCACAGAGGCCUUCCGUACUCCAUGUCCAGUGUUUAAAAUAUUUGUUAGCCAGGGUCCAUGGUCAUACUUCCUCCAGCACCGCAAGACACACUGUCGCUUCUGUGUCCUCAUUCCGGCAGUGAUUACCCGUAAUUAUUCCGUGAAGAGUGGAUGUGGUGAGCUCGGUGGAGGUGAGACGUGAUCGUAAGCAGUGUGCGCAGCAGCAGCAAACUGUAGCAGGGAUCCGUGGAGAGCAGAGCAGCAGCCCUCUCGCCGCACCGCCAACCCUCCCGCCAUGUACCCGUCAAUGAUGGAGUCCAUGCCGGUGUCCUACGCCAGCACCAUGGGCGGCAUGAUGGGCCACUACUUCUCCGGUGGCAGCGCCGCCAUGGGCGUGGGGCAGAUACCUCCGACCCACCACAGCAACCCACACGUGCAGCAGCCGCCUCCCCAGCAGCCGGCUGCGCAGCAGGAGAGCGGCCAUGCACACCAGCAGGCUAGCCACACGCCCCACGCGCCUGCGCAGAGCACCCCAGAGGCCCUGACAGCCAGCCACCCUCACCUGCGGGAGGGAAACCUGGUGACGCCCAUCUCCACGCCCUCGCCUGCUGACUCCACCGCCUCGGGCUGCUCGCCCAGCGGCCCCUCACAGAAGAAGGAGAACGGGAGUAAGGACGAUCACAUCAAGCGGCCCAUGAACGCCUUCAUGGUGUGGUCCAGGAUGCAGCGCCGCAAGAUUGCACAAGAAAACCCCAAAAUGCACAACUCUGAGAUCUCCAAACGUCUUGGAGCCGAGUGGAAGACCUUGACGGAAGCCGAGAAGCGUCCCUUCAUCGACGAGGCCAAGCGUCUGAGGGCCCAGCACAUCAAGGACCACCCGGACUACAAGUACCGCCCCCGCAGGAAGCCCAAGACCCUCAAGAAGGAGGGCUACCCCUACAGCAUCCCCUACCCCGCCGUCUCCAUGGACCCCCUCCGCGGAGGCUUCCCGUCCCAGUUCUCCCCGUACUACUCCGCCAGCGCCGCCGCCAACUACGGCUCCAUCACUGCUGCACACAUGGCCGCCGCCGCCGCCGCUGCCGCCGCCGCCCAGCAGCAGCUGACCACGCAGGUGUCCCAAGCAAGCCCCGUCGGGUAUGGGUACGACGCCUCCAAGUACAGCACUUACAUGACCAGCUCCUCAGGCUACCCGAUGAGCAUGUACGGAGCCUCUGCCGCCACAGACCCCAAAUACGGAGACACAAACAAGGCUGCUGCAGCUGCUGCCACUGUGGGCGGGUACGAGGCUGCCAAGUCAUAUCUAGACAGCAGCAAGUACUUGUCCGAUAAGUACGGCCUGGAGAAGCCGCCCUCUUACUUGGACAAGCUGGCCCAGGAACCAAAGGACGCAGAGAUGAAGAGCACGUCACCCGGGACGGCCGUCGUCAACCCGUGCACCAUGGCCAGCUACACCUCGGCGGCCGGGGCGCUCAGCAACUACUACAGCCAGGCAGCCAGCACCUCAGCUUUCCAGCCGUCGGGGGCACUGAGCCAAACCGUGCCCUCCACCAUGGCCGGCCUCCUGCAGCCCUCGCAGGUGGCAUCCUACACCAACGCACAGUACUCGCCCGUGGGGGCAGACUAUCGGAGGCCACUGUCUGUUAUCUUUUAGACGCUGACAAGAGCCACAUGAAGCGUUCCUGGCAGGGCCAGGGCGGUGCCCCCUUGGUGUACAUAAGCGGUUGUCGGGGCAGGUGUAAAUAUGUACAUAUAUAUCGCCAUGUUAGACGUCUUUCACCUGAUUAUUUAUGCAAGUGCCUGGAUGUUGCUGUUGUUCUUGUUGGUCGGUACUUCCUGAGUUCCUGUAAACAGUACAAUUAGCAAGAACGCUCCAGGCAGCCGUGAGCAGCCAGGCUCGUGCACGGCCGCCACGUGAUCCACGCCAGUUUUCGUGCUGGGUCGGCGAGGCCCCGCCGGAGCGUGUCUACGAACAGGUUGUGACGCGGGGCGCCUCCACGAAAGGAUGGUUCCUAAUCCCAGUAGUUAGCGAUGUUGUUUGGCGUUAUUUGUAUAUUUUGUUGCUUGUUUCCAGCGAAGAGCCAGUGUUGUGGGUGUGUAGUUGGCCCUCUGCCCAGUAUUGUUCCUAACCCCAGUGCAUCCCCGCGGUGCCGGCCCUGACGCGGGCACGGCGCCGCGCCGGGCGUUCAGCGCCAGCCGGUGGUGGUACAGGUCCUUUGAUGUAGUUACGUAAUCAAUAAAGUGAACCUCAA